AUGGGACAAGAGAAUUACACCUUCAGCAGUGACUUCAUUCUUUUGGGACUGUUCUCUUCUUCCCAAGCCAGUCUGGUCUUCUUCUCAUGUUUAUUUGUCAUUUUCAUUACGAGCAUAACAGAGAAUGCACUCAUGAUCCUCCUUAUCCGAGGAGACUCACGACUUCAAACUCCAAUGUACUUCCUGCUCAGCCAUCUCUCCUUCAUGGAUAUCUUGCACAUUUCCAACAUUGUUCCCAAGAUGAUCACUGACUUUCUGUCAGGCAGUAGAACGAUUUCCUUUGUGGGGUGUGGCUUUCAAAUAUUUCUGUCCCUAACCCUACUGGGUGGCGAGUGCCUCCUCCUGGCUGCCAUGUCCUAUGAUCGCUAUGCAGCCAUCUGCCACCCACUGCGCUACCCAGUGCUCAUGAAGGAUGCUGUCAGCAGGCUCAUGGCUGCAGGGGCCUGGCUGGUUGGAACCCUCAACUCCAUAGUUCACACAGCAUAUGCGCUUCACUUUCCCUUCUGUCACUCUAGGGCCAUUGAUCACUUUUUCUGUGAAGUUCCUGCCAUGCUGAAGUUGUCCUGUGUAGACACAUCACAUUAUGAACGGGGAGUUUAUGUCAGUGGCAUCAUUUUUCUGCUGUUGCCUUUCUCCAUGAUCUCUGUAUCUUAUAUACAAAUUCUACACACUGUGUUCCAAAAAUCCUCAGAAGCACAGAAAAAGUCCCUUUCCACCUGUUCCUUCCACAUGGUUGUGGUCAUAAUGUACUAUGGACCCUUUAUUUUCACAUAUAUGAGACCUAAGUCAUAUCACACACCUGGUCAGGAUAAGUUCCUGGCUGUAUUCUACACCAUCCUCACACCCAUGCUUAACCCCAUCAUCUACAGCUUUAGAAAUAAAGAUGUGAUAGCUGCUGCCAGAAAUAUGUUUCAAAGUAUAUUUCUGAACAAAAAAUGA